GUUGCUGCUCGCUGGUGCCAACGCCCGGCGAAACAGACAGCUAACGUUAAAUAGCGGUGAUACGGAGAGAUAUUGGUACGAUAUCUCUGUGUGCAGUUAGAUUACAAAUACAAGUUCGGAUAUUGGUUUCAUGCUUCGUCUUGUUAGCUGAAACUUAGCCAACGGUAUUGCCAGCAGAAUCAGAAAGCACAGAGAUGCAGACUAUCAAAUGUGUUGUGGUGGGUGAUGGAGCAGUGGGAAAAACCUGCCUAUUGAUUUCAUACACCACCAACAAAUUCCCCUCUGAAUAUGUACCAACAGUUUUUGACAACUAUGCAGUAACUGUAAUGAUUGGGGGUGAACCGUACACCCUUGGCUUAUUUGAUACAGCAGGUCAGGAGGAUUAUGACCGGUUACGACCACUAAGUUACCCACAGACAGAUGUCUUUUUAGUCUGUUUCUCAGUUGUUUCACCUUCCUCGUUUGAGAAUGUUAAAGAAAAGUGGGUUCCUGAAAUAACUCACCACUGUCCCAAGACCCCGUUCCUGUUGGUAGGCACUCAGAUCGACCUGCGUGAUGAUCCCUCCACAGUGGAGAAGCUAGCCAAGAACAAACAGAAGCCAAUCACCCCUGAGACAGCGGAAAAACUUGCUCGUGACCUUAAGGCAGUGAAAUAUGUUGAGUGCUCAGCCCUAACACAGCGGGGACUGAAGAACGUAUUUGACGAGGCUAUCUUAGCCGCUUUAGAGCCCCCUGAAACUCAAAGAAAGAGAAAAUGCUGUUUGUUCUGAUGUCUUGAAUCUUGCUUUGCCUCUUGAUCGUCUGCUGCUUACUCAUUGUAAAGAGAUGUCUGUCACUAAAAUAACCACAACGCUCUUUUAAACUUUAAAACUUUGUGCCCAUUAACUUUCUUCCCUCUGUUCAUGUGUGCUUUCUUUUCAACUUUGACAAUUAUCCAUGCUGCCUGAUAUAACGAGUGCCAAUUCAAACAAGAGCAAGUUCUUCUUUCUGUUGUCAGCACCUUGUGUGCAAGUCUGUGUAACUGUACAUGACUGAGUUUGCUUGUGUUUUUUAAAUUGACAUUCUGUUAUUAUCUCAGUAUUGAGCUCUUCAGCAUCAGUUGUACCCCACAAAGCAUUUAUGCUACAUUCUGUCUUGGACAGUAAUAACAUUUUUUUUCUACUGCAGCAUCAAAAUUUUCCAUGGGCUUUUGUCUUUUCUCAGACAACUUGAUCAUGAGGGAAAGUCUUGUAUAAUGUUAUUUGAAUAAAGGAAAAAUUUUGAUCGCCCUGCUCCAUUUCUACUCAGCCUUCUUUUGCAAUUAGUUCCUUGAAGAUGUUAAUUUUGUAUUUGGAACAUAGCCCUGUUUUGAAUAUUAAUAUUUUAUUUCCACAGAAAGGAUUAAAGAAUGUGUUUGAUGAGGCAAUACUGGCUGCCCUGGAGCCUCCUGAACCUAAGAAAAGACGUAAAUGUGUUCUGCUCUAAGUUUCGUCGCAGCCUUCUCCACACCAGUUUCCAAAUCUAGGUUAACAGUACUGAAGAGGUUUGCUGCACAAGCACAUUCCAACAUGAGUUCAGGUAUCAUGAAAUAUUUGCCUUUUGACUGACUUAACCUAAAUACAUAUUCAAUGUGUUAAACAUGAUUUUAAGAUUGAGUAACAUUUGAACCUGUUUGUGAUGAUUUGAUGGCAUUGAAAUGGCCUUACAUGAACACUGAAUACUUGAACUAUAUCAACAAACUGUAGGUAAAAUUAUUAAAUAACAUUUCAGUUUGACCACAUUAUGUUUAGAGUUAAUUUUGCCUAAGUGAUAUUCCAGAACUGACUAUGAAAUAGUGUUUCAAUAGAACUGUUUUAUCGACUGCCCUGUAAAACACAAACAAGCUGAUAAUGAUGGGUUAAUGAGAUGCUCAGCAUGUCCUACAUCUGUUUUUUACUUUUCAGGUAAUUCCCUUAAAGUUUAUUUAUACUGUAUGUUCAACUUUGGCACACAAUACUGCAUUUGGUUGACAUUGCAUUGUUCGUUCAUCACAGGUGGGGUAUCUAGCAAUAUAAAUCCUGCUAAAGUAAACUCAUAUUUUGUUUUCCAAACAAAGCAUGAUACAUUUCUCAAAGGGUUAAUAAGUCACCGUAUUUUACUUUUUUUCCCUACAUAAUUUCAUGUUCAAUGUCAACAUAGCCUCCGAGCAGAUCUAAGAAAUAUUUGACGUAAUAUGCCAUAUCUAGGAUAUGCUCCAUCGUAGUUGUAGUUUGCCAAAACAAAACCUGAUAAAUUGGCACUUGUCAGAGUAGAGAGCCACAGAACCUGAAAGUGGGAAAUAAGUAUAUGGUGUUUUACAGUGUUAACACUCCAUUUGAAGUCAUGUUUCACAAAUAGCCACUGUCAAUUUAAGUAACUACAUGCAAGGAUUUGGAGCACAACAAUUUCCCUGUUUUGUACUUUUUGUGAGAAGUGAGUUAACAAGAAGGUGGUGUAUGUCCUGAAUGCUUAUCAGAUGUUACAAUAGCCGAACUUUGUAAGAGUAUUUCAGCCUAUAACCCCAGGCCAAUGAACAAUUUUGUAAGCUGAAUAUACUUGCUGCUACACUGCAGCAUCAUUAAGUCAGACUGACAAAUUGUGACAGUUCUUAUAAGAUGCUAUACAUUGUUUGAGACCCUGUGAAGAUUUUUGACCUAGCACUAUUUGCAUUUGUCUUUUACUAUAUCCAUGCCUGGAUGGUGGGUUUGAAUUUGAUUUGUAAACAUAGUGAGAAUAACAUAACUUAUUGACUGAAUACAAUGUGUGCAUUACCGAUACCGGGAUUUAGAAAAGCUGAGAUGACACAAAUCAAAUUAACCAGGAAAAAGUAAAGAGAACGAGUUUCUUGGACUCGUUGAUUUUUAUUCAAUUUGACGUUCACAAUAAACCAGUAUUACGAAUAAACCUUCAAAUACCA